AUGUCGUCCUCACAAGGCACCAAGGUCACUAAAGAUCCCUCCGCCCUCAACGACCCCAAGAAUGAGAACCCAGGCGUCGUGACCUCCGACUCCCUCGCCGGCGAGUCAAUCCAGUCGGGUGGCUCCUUCGCCGCCAACUCCGACGCCCGAGGCCCCAUGGGCCAAUCCUCCGCCGGCACCAACACAAACAACACCGACACCUCCGGCGCGAGGACACUUAAUGCAGCCCCGGACGCGGAAGCAAGACAAGCGCAGGAGGGUUGGAGCGAGACGGCGGCCGUGAAAGCGGGAGAUAAGCUUGGCGGAAAGGAUGCAGGGAUUGGACCGACCUAUAAUGAAGCUGCUGGCGGCUCAAGCGGGAGUGGUGGUGGUGGGAACUACUCGUCUGGCUCAGGACAAGGUGCGAAGGCGCCGGGAUACUAUGAUAACCCCGCCCCAUCAAUGGGAGACAGUUUCAAGCCCAAGGGUGCGAACUUGAAGGAGGGUGGAUUCAGCUCGGACGACCCGAACGCGAGUUUCGAUACGGAUAUUGGCGGGAAGAACGACCCGGGACGGGCGGCGUUGGGCGCGAUGGAGGCGAGGGAUGCGGCGCCGUCGGGUGGUGCGGGGGCGAGAGAUCAGAAAGUGACCGGGGAUGGGCAGUUCUCGAAUCUCGAUGAGACGAGUGCGUGA